UAUUCUUUAAAAUAUACUAGUUUAUGGGAAAUGUGAUUUGCUUUGAAAUUCAACUCCGGUCACACUUAACACAGUAUUUGUAACUUUCUUACACGUUCGAGAACCUAAACGAUGCGAUGAGCGCCAUAAAGAUUGAGUUUGCAGUGAAAAUACUCAAAGACGACACGAAAUGCGUGGAAAGCCUGCGACACGUUCUGGAGUGCAUGGGUCACACUGAAGUAGACCCGAUACAGGGUCGUGUAGUUAUACAGACAACAGCGCCGUGGUCCGAGGUGCAGGACAAAAUUGAGAGCACAGGUCGUCAGGCUGUGCUAUCAGGCUUUGGAGGUCAAUCGGCGGUCGCGCUUAUCAACAUGACUGGCUCGGUUGUAGACAAAACUCCUAUACAGGGCGCAGUUCGUUUUACAACCAUCGCAGCGCAACAGGCUGGUGUCGUUGUGGACGGCGUAGUGGAUGGGUUGGAGCCGGGACUGCAUGGCCUUCAUAUUCACGAAAGUGGCGAUGUGUCCCAGGGUUGUGCAUCUGUUGGAGGUCACUACAACCCACGCCAGUCGCCGCACGGCAGCCCCGAAGCAGCGACCACACAACGACAUGCUGGAGAUUUGGGGAACAUACGCGCUGAUGAAGCCGGUCGUGCCACAUUCCGUUUCGUAGAUCCCUCGUUGGAAAUGUGGGACAUAAUUGGACGUGCCGUGGUCAUAACAGCAAAAGCUGAUGACUUCGGACGCGGGGGCAAUGCACAGAGUCUUAUCGAUGGCAAUUCCGGAGAUAGAAUUGCCUGUGGCAUAAUUGCUCGCUCGGCUGGCAUAUUGCAAAACUUUAAACGAAUCUGUGCCUGCGAUGGCGUCACACUUUGGGAUGAACGGAAUAAACCGCUGGCCGGCAAACAGCGUUCUCAAAAAUUAUAAUGUUAAUUGGUGUUGAAGGGACUUACAUUUUAUUGGUGUGUAAAUACAUAUAUGUGUAAUUGUUGGGUGUACUCUA